CUUCACUCCGCAUCGCCAUUGUCUGCUACCUGAGGUCGCGCAAGUCACGGCCAGCAGAUGCGGGUUCUCAGCUUCCUCUCCAGCCCUUCUACCUCGGAGACACGUUUUGGCUAAGUAUGAGCUCCACAAACUGCCUGGUAGGGAGUCGGCUGGUCACUUUUCGACCGCGCGCAAGCUCCUCCCAGCUCCCCAGCUUGAGGCUGCACGUUUCGACGUUAGCCUUUCGCCCAACACCUAUAGUUCAUCACAAGUUCAAUUAUGAGCGUCUCAAGCCACAGCAGCCAACCGCGUCCGCCCGGAGCUUGUCCCGCCCUAAAACGCUGUACCUGCAGAAGCAUGUUCCGCAGGUCCCAUCCACCGCUGUUGCUCGCUAUGCAUCCCUUGCAGCGGAUCCGCAUGACGAGGAGCUUCCAACUUCUCCCCCCUUCACCGCUGGUCCCUACGCAAACCUCACCGUGGGUAUUCCUCGCGAGAGCUUCCCUGGGGAACGUCGAGUUGCCAUAACUCCACAGAAUGUCCAGCUGUUGCUGAAGAAGGGCUUCUCUCGCGUAUUGAUCGAGCGUGGUGCGGGCGUUGAAGCUCAAUUCACCGACGAAGCAUAUGAGCAUGCAGGAGCCAAGACUGUCGACCGCAGAACGGUCUUCUCUCAGAGUGACAUCCUUCUCAAAGUUCGAGCUCUUAGCAUCGAUGGGCCUGAUAGCGAGGUGGAUGCCAUUCGAGAGGGCGCCACUGUCAUUUCUUUUCUCUAUCCGGUACAGAAUAGACCUGUCGUAGAUAGAAUUGCUUCUCGUAAAGCUACUGCUUUUGCUAUGGAUAUGGUUCCCCGCAUUUCUCGCGCCCAGGUGUUUGACGCAUUGAGUUCAAUGGCCAACAUUGCCGGGUACAAAGCCAUCCUGGAAGCUUCUAACCACUUCGGUCGUUUCCUUACUGGCCAAGUCACUGCCGCCGGGAAGAUUCCCCCAUGCAAAGUCCUCGUUAUUGGCGCUGGUGUGGCUGGACUGAGUGCAAUUGCAACGGCCCGUCGCAUGGGAGCGAUUGUACGUGGAUUCGAUACUCGUUCCGCAGCUCGAGAGCAAGUUCAGUCACUUGGUGCAGAAUUCAUCGAGGUUGAGAUUGAAGAAGAGGGAUCUGGAACAGGAGGCUAUGCAAAGGAAAUGUCGAAGGAGUUCAUCGAAGCAGAAAUGAAGUUGUUCACGGAACAGUGUCGCGAGGUAGACAUUGUAGUCACUACAGCAUUGAUUCCUGGAAGGCCGGCCCCAAAGCUGAUCACUAAAGCUAUGCUUGGUGCCAUGAGGCCCGGAUCUGUUAUUGUCGAUCUCGCCGCUGAAGCUGGUGGCAAUUGUGAAGCAACUGUCCCCGGAAAACUUUCGAAAUAUCAUGGAGUAACGAUAAUUGGUUACACUGACUUGCCCUCGAGGCUUCCAACUCAAUCGUCGACCCUAUACUCGAACAAUAUCACUAAAUUCCUCCUUUCCCUCCAACCCGCAGACCAGAAGGAGAAAUACUAUGACGUAGAUUUAAACGAUGAAGUCACCCGCGGCUCUAUCGUGACAUACGAUGGCAAAAUUAUUCCUCCUGCUCCUCGCCCGGCUCCCCCUCCGCCACCGGCUAAGGCACCUUCGCUUGCCGACGCCGCUGCGAAUAUUGUGCAGCUUACUCCCUGGCAAAAUCAGACUCGUGAUGUUGCAGGGAUCACGGCAGCAAUGAGCAGUGCUCUAGCUCUUGGAAAGUUCACUGGACCUCUUUUCAUGGGAAAUGCAUUCACGUUCGCUCUGGCGAGUCUUAUCGGAUAUCGAGUCGUUUGGGGUGUUGCACCUGCAUUGCACUCUCCACUUAUGAGUGUCACAAAUGCUAUCUCUGGUAUGGUUGGCAUAGGAGGAUUCUUCGUCAUGGGCGGCGGCCUUCUUCCCCACACCAUUCCCCAGACAUUGGGAGCUUUGUCCGUUCUGCUCGCUUUUGUCAACGUCUCAGGCGGUUUCGUUAUCACCAAGCGCAUGCUGGACAUGUUUAAGCGCCCAACCGACCCUGCUGAAUUUCCCUGGCUAUACGCAAUUCCAGCAGUACUAUUUGGUGGAGGAUAUAUCGCUGCAGCGAGCACUGGAAUGGCAGGCCUUGUACAGGCUGGCUAUCUCGUCAGUAGCGUUCUCUGCGUGAGUUCUCUCUCUGGUCUGGCCUCUCAAGCAACAGCUCGUCGUGGUAACAUCCUGGGAAUACUCGGUGUCUUUUCUGGAAUUCUGGCUUCACUUCUUGCUGUGGGCUUCGAACCGGAUGUCCUCAUGCAAUUCGGCAGCCUUGCCGCCGUAGGCACGCUGGCUGGAAUGCUCAUCGGCCGACGGAUUACCCCGACUUCCCUACCUCAGACUGUGGCUGCGUUGCACUCCGUCGUUGGCCUGGCUGCUGUCUUGACUAGCAUUGGCAGUGUUCUGGGUCACACGGGGGAUAUCUCGACCCUCCACAUGGUUAGCGCUUAUCUUGGUGUUCUCAUCGGUGGGGUAACCUUUACCGGGAGCAUCGUUGCUUUCCUCAAGCUUGCCGGGAGAAUGUCUUCGAAACCGCUCAUUCUGCCAGGCCGUCAUAUCAUCAACACAUCGCUUCUCGGAGCUAACAUGGCUACAAUGGGUGCCUUCCUCACUGCCGCUCCUGGGGCUCCACUUAUUGGGGCCGCUUGUCUGACUGCCAAUGCUGCUCUCAGCUUCGUCAAGGGCUAUACUACAACUGCAGCCAUUGGAGGUGCCGACAUGCCGGUCGUCAUUACGGUACUGAACGCCUACUCUGGAUUUGCGCUCGUGGCUGAAGGUUUCAUGUUGGAUAAUCCUCUGCUCACUAGCGUUGGCGCGCUCAUUGGAGUAUCUGGAUCUAUCCUUUCGUACAUUAUGUGCGUGGCUAUGAAUCGAUCACUCACCAAUGUUCUAUUCGGCGGUAUUGCAGCUACGCCGCAGGCGCAAUCAGAAAUAACGGGAACGGUCACGAAGACGAGUGCAGAGGAAACAGCCGAGUAUUUGAUUAAUGCCGAGAAUGUCAUCAUUGUCGUCGGCUACGGCAUGGCCGUCGCAAAAGCCCAAUAUGCUAUCUCCGACUUCGUCAAAUACCUACGGUCCAAGGGCGUCAAUGUACGUUUCGCCAUCCACCCUGUCGCGGGCCGCAUGCCGGGUCAAUGCAACGUGCUCCUCGCCGAAGCCUCUGUUCCCUAUGACAUUGUACUUGAAAUGGACGAAAUUAAUGACGAUUUUGGCGACACUGAUGUCACGCUUGUUAUCGGUGCCAACGACACUGUGAAUCCGAUUGCGUUGGAGCCUGGAUCCUCGAUUGCAGGUAUGCCUGUGCUGCAUGCGUGGAAGAGCAAGCAGGUGGUUAUUAUGAAGCGAGGGAUGGCGAGUGGGUAUGCAGAUGUGCCAAAUCCGAUGUUCUUUAUGGAAAACACGAAGAUGCUCUUUGGAGAUGCGAAUGAUAGCUGUAAUGCUAUCAAACGCGCCCUAGAGGAGAGGAAGUGAAAUGGCAAAUGAUUGAUGGAUCUAUUGGAGGAUUCGUUUCAACUUUAUCUGAAUUGAGAGGGAAUUUGCAGGUGGAAGGGUGAGGACGGCAAGUUUUGGCUCUUGGAUUUCGUGCAUUCUGUCUGGAGUGUCUCGAUUCAUGAGCAGCAUUAGUUAGCGGUGUUUAUUAGAAUGCAAGACAUACUCAUCCUA